UUUUCGUUGCCAGUUGUUCUGAUUUGUGGAUGUAGCGCUUUUGUACAAGAGCUUGAUGACAGGUGAGACUGGCCAUAGAAUAUUUCACUAAUAGCUCUGUUAUUAAGUUUUAGAAAACAGUUAUCACAAGCUUAAAAUUAUGCGUAUUUUUUACCGAAAAUAUGAUUUUCUACAGGUUUAUUAAACCUGGGUUUUAAUUUCGUAUCUAGGUAGAGUCUCCUAAAGACGAACAAGAGAUACGAUAGGCUUAAUUAAAUAAAAAAUACUACUUAUUAUUGUUAUUUCUCCUUAUUGCUUUGUCUGUGACAGUUUUGCAGAUCUUAAGAAAGAGGGCAGCUGGCUUGUCGAGGUAGGAUUUAAUUUCUGCAGCAUGAAAGUUGGUAUAGCAUGUUUUGUCAAUGACUGAAUGGCCGUUGUAAAUAAUCCCUUUCUUUGCACUAAAGUGAACUUGCAGAGGGACAAGGGCACCAAGAUACUAUCGUAUUGAGAAAAAAGGAAUAAAGACCCUUUCUUAAAAAAAUUAGGCCCCAAUAACUGUAGAUUCAAACAAAUUCUGCAUCCACCAGGCCAAAUACUGAGGGUGUUAUGAAAGUGAACAUGAUCUUUGCAGUAAAAUGAACAUCCUAAGAGGUUAAAAAAAAAACCUGAAAAAAUUCAGGCUUGACCAGGAAUCACACCCUGACCUUUGCUAUGAGGCAUUCUGCGUUUGUGUUAUAACAGAUGGUGGAAGUGACAUAAAUUGAUUUGUUUCAUUUAUUUCAAUUCACUGAGGGUGUUAAUUGGGAAAAUUAUAAAAUUAAGGUAAUAAAUAAAUAUAUGAAAAUUUGAAUAUAUGAAAAUCACAUGUAUGAUUUUCAUAUAUUCAAAACUUCAUCAUCAUCCUUUCAUGGGUUUAUAACGAACCAAUUCAAUGACCUGCUCCCAGUUGGCUUGUUACCUUAAUUGGUAGAACGCUGCAUCGGCAUCGCAGAGGUCAAGGGUUCGAAUCCCGUACAAGCCUGAAUAUUUUUCAGGCUUUCUUUUCGCAACUGCAAACGUUGCUUAUAUAACUGUGAUGAUCAUCCUUCCUUUAAUAUCCAAACAAUAAGAAAAAAAUGCACUUUAUUUGAGUGUCAAUGUAUCUAGCACAAAAAUACUAAUUGGUGAGCCAGGACUGCCUUUUUACGUGGUCAUCCAAGCCACGUGAAGGUCAAGCUGCUUGCAGUGCAAAAGGAGUACCUUCAUUUCUCUGUUAUUUUAAGACCCUGAGUAUUGGUCUGGCCCCGGGAACCCAACCUGCGACCUCCCACUCAGCAUUUAUUAAAGCGCUCUACCAAUUUAGCAAAUCCUGCCUGGGUAAACCAACUGAGCUAAUCCUGCCACGGUGAACAAUGUGAUAAAACCUGCCACUGUUUGGAUACAAAUUAGAAAGGGAGUGCAACAGUUUUUGAAGUUGAUCUUCCCCUCCUCUCUAAAUGAUGUUUUCUGUUUUGCCAGAUUAAAAAAAAAUCAUUCUCAUAGAAGGUGGGCCAGUCCUCCAACUCCACAGUCCUUAAUGUACAUGUAUUAGGAGAAUUAUUUUUAUAAGAGUCAUUAAGGCUAUGUAAAUAUAUUUUAUUUUCUCCUUAUCAUGUCCCAGCAAUAUUAUCUUUGUGCUUUUACAUCUUUUUUUUUUUUGGCUGGAUAGAGUUUGUGUAGCAAGAGACCCUUUUGUUGUUUUGAUUAAAUUGUAGUUUUAUGCACCAUGGUGUGGGUAUUGCAAGAAACUUGAACCAAUUUGGAUGGAAGUAGGCAGGACUCUUCAUGGUUCUGCUAUUAAAGUGGCCAAGUUAGAUGCUACCAGAUUCUCAAGUAUGACAUAUUUUAAUGUAGUUAUUAAGUGUUAAUAAAUAAUGAAUUUCAAUUUAUUUAUUAUUUGCUUCCAUAAUAGAUCAUUACAAAAAUGCAUGUGAUAGCAAGCCGAGCUGUUUUCUGGUCACUGUUCAGCUAUAAAGAGCUAAAACGUACCACAAAGCCAUUUUCAGGUCAUGCACUUUGCUGCUUUCUGAUCGGCGAUGAAAAAAUAUUAGCUUGCAAAGUUUGGGGAUGUGAGGAAAGCAAAAUUUUGAGAUACUUGUUGGGUUUGAAAGUGACACAGGAGUCUUGACUUUUUCGUUUUGCUUUAUCUUCUGCCCUCUUCUUCUACUUUUCUUGCCUCAUUUUUUUUUUUUACUGGGCAUUUAGUUGUCUUCAUUUCAGUGGGAAAGGUUUUUUGGGAAAGCUUUUAUGAUUAGAUGAAGGAAAGGUACAUGUAGGUGGGUAUUGGAACAAGAUUGUUCAUGAUUUUUGGGUCAAUGUUACAAUCAUGAAUUUUUGAUUUUUUCUCUGGUCUCCUUGACUGAACCAUGCUCUUUCUGGUAUGGUUUGAAAGAUGUCUUCAUCCUGCACAGGUUAGUUGACAAUGUUGUCCUUAACUAUUCAAACUGAUGACAUCACAAUUGGUAGAAGGAACGUUUGUCCACGUGGGUGUUACAAGCAGUUUAAGGGUGAAUGGAUUAAGUAAUUGUUUAGAUGUAAACUUUUCAUAGGUUAAUCAUAUCCAUAACCCAUUCGCCCCUGAGCCGCCCAUGCAGAUCCACGUCCUUUCUACCGCUUGUGACAUCAUCAUGAUAAUCCCAAGAUUCUAAAAGCUUUCCUAAAAACUUUUCCUACCAAAAUGAAGCCUACUAAAUGCUCAGCUGAGAAAAAAAAACGAGGCAAGAAAAGCAAAAAAAGUCCAGACUACUGUUACUUCUAAACCCUAAAACUCGAAAUUUUGCUUUCUGCGCAUGCCCGAACUUCGCAAGCUAAUAUUCUGCAUCUGGAUUAGAAGGCCGCGAAGUGUACGACCUGUAAAUGGCUUUGUGAUAAGUUUUAUCUCUUUAUUAUUAUAGCACGACAGUGACCAGAAAACUGCUUCACUUGCUUCAAAACACAUUUUUGGCAAAAUCUCCAGGCGGGGCGAAUGGGUUAGUAAGUAAUUUUGAUAACUCUUUCAGGUAUAGCAAGAGACUUCGGUAUUAGAGGUUAUCCUUCAAUUAAAUUGUGAGUAUAGCCUAAGUAGCAGUCAUCAAAAGGCCACUGAUGACUUUCUCGUAUGUGCCAUAAAUUUGUGUUCCCUAUGGCAACCUGUUCUUUUAACUUUUGUUGACUUUCAAUGCUUCUUUCAGAUGUAUAUUCUAGUUUGACCUGACCUUUUUCAUUUUGACCUGCAAUUUUAUAUGUUACUCACAUGAAUACUGCAGUGUUAGAGGAAAGCGUAUAAUCACCUUUGAAGGAGAACGCACAGUUCAAGAUAUUGUUCAGUUUGCUGAGCGAGCCAACAGGUAUCUCAAUCAUUUUUUUCCAGUCCAUAAACCCACCAUCUAUGUAAAUUGUAAAUGACGGAAGAUCCUGUUAACUUGAACUCAGUUAACUCAAAUUCUUGACUAACUCAAGUUAAUUAAAUUUACCUUUCUUUUUGGCUUUAUUUUCUAUUUUUAUUUCUAUUUUACCCUGAAAACUUACCCCCCCCCCCCAUUUCAAGCUUUUAGUAGUUUCUCUCGGGUUGUGCAACUUUUGCUAUCACCAUAUGUUUGUUUUACGUGGUCAUACACUGCGUAUUCCAACGACCACCAUCACAUAUCGUAUAAUCAAUCACUUGAAGUUUAUUGAUACUAAAAUUUGUAGCAACUGAAGCAAUUAUAUUAUUUGAUCUGAAACAGAGCAAUACAAUAUUCGUCGUUACGCAACUUACUUUAAUAUAAUCUCUAGAACAAUGAAUUCACUGAAAAAUACCUCAAUAAGAAACUCUAAUGUCACAAUCAUGCUUUACUCACUUCUGUGGCGGAUCGUAGCUUAAAAACGGGUUAGCGGUAAACUGGUUAGCUUGAAUCUCUUGUACUGGUGAGCACUACCGGUUAGCAAAAUACUUCUGAUUGAAACCCAACAAUGUGUAAAACAGCAUAAAAUCUAGUAAUCUCAAAAUGUCAAUCAAUGUCCUUAAUCUUUAACUAAAUCAAUGUUUGUAAUCACGAGUUUAUUUCCGGUUCUGUUAACGAAACACCAUAAAUAACCUGUUCAAUGUUAAUUUUUUUAAAAGUAUGGUGGAACCCCGCAAAUACAGUCACCAAUGGGCCAAAAAAAUUUGGCUGGAUAGGUGACCAUAUUAACGAGGGUAUUCUUACAAGAAAAUGUAUGGCCAAUUUAUAUGGUUGUAAGGCGGCAUUUUACUGUAUAUGUUACAGGUCAAAUUUGAUUUCAGGUUAAAAGUUUUUAACCUAGAUUUAUUCUCUAAUGUUUCCUUUGCAUUUGUUACAGGUCAAAAUUAAAUUCAGGUUAAAAUUUUUAACCUAGGUUGAUUCUUUGUUGAUUCAUGGUUUAAGGCUGGGAGACAAAGGAAGUUGAAAAUCAACCUAGGUUAAAAAAGUUUAACUUGAAUUUAAUUUUGACCUGUUUCAUAUUCUAUGGUUCGGAGACAUUGGAAAUUGACAGUCAAACUACAAUCAGUGCCAAAAUUAGUUGGGACACUUCCCUUGAAAGGUCCUCUCCAACGUUUUGCUAACUCAAAAAACGUAAAAUAAAGCUGUCCCUCCCCUAUCCCUUCCGCGCAAUGUUGUGCCGCUGUUUGAGCUACCUGUAGAAAACAACAAAACACCUUGAUCUACUUCGAACAAAUGGUAGGGUCGAGGGCUGUGGAUUGGUUUUCUUCUCUGAUGCUACCCAAUUUGAGGACAAUGUCCCAACAAUUUUGUAGCUGAUUGUUGGUUAAAUCAAAAUUGAGUCAGAUUUUGACCUGUAACGUACAUAUAAGUAAUGUAUUGUGGUCUCUUUGUAUCAGGCCUGCAGUAACAGAGCUUCAUAACACGGAGCAAGUAGAAAGAGUAAGAAAAGAGAAAAAUGUUUGCUUUUUCCUGGUAACAAGCAAUGAGAAUUCUCAAUUGUCAGAGAAAAUUAAGGUAAUAUUUGAAUCUAUUGUUGGUUGA